UCCUGGGGAGGAAGCAACCUGCCAUGGUGCUUCCCCUUCUUUCCAUGCUGCUCCUGCUCACACAGCCCCUGGGGUACCUAGGAGCUGGAUUGACAAGUUACCAGCAGACAACAUUGGCCAACGCCUGUACCCUGGUUGUAUGCAGCCCCACAGACAAUGGCGUGCCUGGCCGUGAUGGCCGGGAUGGGAGAGAGGGCCCUCGUGGAGAGAAGGGUGAUCCAGGUUUGCCAGGAGCUGUAGGGCCAGCAGGGAUUCCUGGACAAGCUGGUCUAGUUGGGCCCAAAGGGGACAAUGGUGCUGCUGGAGAGCCUGGACCAAAGGGAGAUUCUGGACCAAGUGGACCUCCAGGACUUCCAGGCAUGCCUGGUCCGGCAGGAAAAGAUGGUCCCUCUGGAAAGCAGGGGAACAUAGGGCCUCAAGGCAAACCAGGCCCCAAGGGAGAGGCUGGACCCAAAGGAGAAGUAGGUUCCCCAGGAGUCCAGGGCUCUGCAGGGACAAGAGGCCUGGCAGGUCUUAAAGGGGAGAAAGGUGCCCCUGGUGAACUCGGAGCCCCCGGAAGUGCUGGGGGAAUAGGGCCUGCUGGAGCUGCAGGUCCACAGGGAGCUCCAGGUGCCAGGGGACCCACAGGACUGAAGGGUGACAGAGGUGCUCCUGGAGACAAAGGAGCCAAGGGUGAAAGUGGGUUUCCAGAUAUCUCUGCUCUGAAGCAGCAGGUGGAGGCCUUGCGGAGGCAGUUACAGACCCUCCAGGCUUCCUUCUCUCACUAUAAGAAAGCCGAGCUCUUCCCCAGUGGCCAAAGUAUUGGGGACAAGAUCUUCAAGACAGUGGGCUCUGAAAGUAAUUUUGAAGGGGCACAGAAGAUGUGUACUCAGGCUGGUGGACAACUGCCCUCCCCACGCUCUGCAGCAGAGAAUGCUGCUUUGCAGAAGCUGAUUGAAGCGCAGAACAAGUCUGCUUUACUGAGCCUGACAGACACCAAGAAGGAGGGCACAUUUAUCUACCCCUCAGGGGAGCCCAUGGUCUUUUCCAACUGGGCCCCUGGGGAGCCCAACAAUGAUGGCGGGGCAGAAGACUGUGUGGAGAUGUUCACCAACGGCAAGUGGAAUGACAGGUCUUGUGGAGAGCAUCUCCUCGUGAUCUGCGAGUUCUGAGCCACUGGGGGUUCAGUGCUUGGUCCAGACCCUGUGC